CUCUCAUUCUCUUCACUUUGUUGAAUAACUCCAUUUAGACUUAUUUUGGUGAGAGUGAAGAGAAUUUUGUUGGAUUAUUUCCUUCUUCUGGUGGAUUUCUGAUUUUCUGCCAUGUUCUUCAUCAACCAAGACAAUUAUUGAGCUGCAUUCGUGGAGGAAACUGUCCAGGACCCAAUGUCAGCUCUUUGCAGUUGCCUGGUGAUAUGAGCUUCUUUGCCAAUCAGCUGGCUGUGCCCACCCUGGAGUUUGCCUUUGAGCAGACUGCUGCAGAAGAGACCACCAGUUUUCUGUCGGAGGGCCAAUUCCCUGUGGACUCUCCAGAAACUCUGGAUCCGCUGUUUAAGUUCCACGAGACGAUCGCUAAGAUGACAGCUGAGGCGCUGUUCCGGCUGGUCAAUGACCCUGUGCUGCCCUUCUACCCUCUGGACGUCACGCUGGAUGUUCAAAACAAACUCAAAGACAUGAGCCCCGCACCUCCUCUGCUGCUCUCCUCAGCCUCUGCUCUCAGGGACCACGCAGCAUUCUUCCAGUCAGAAAUGAUGAGGCCGGCUAAUGACCCGAAAGAGCGCGACCCCUCCCACAUGCGGAUGCUGAAUGAUGUGCUGCGUGACCUGGAGAAGAGCUUCCUUCUGCCCCAGACGUCCCCUGGCGUUUUCAGGAAUCUGCUGUACAUCCUCCCCGGGAAGACUCCUCAGUUUUCUGUCCUGAGCUUCCCACAGGAGCCUCUGCUGGGAUGCAGUGAGACCAACAAAGUCCAGAAACACAUCCUCUGUGGAAAAGCUGUGAACCGCUCACUGUCGCUCCUCCUCAGGGCGGUGCAGUCAGCCGACAGGCUGAUGUGUGCCGGCCUGACCCUGUUUGAAAAUGAGUGAUUUUUGCAGACAAAGUGUAUGAGCAUUGCAUACAUUUUAAAUGAUCAGUCUUGGGUUGUCUUUAAAUUUUGUGUAUAAAGACUUCUGACCGCAAAGCGAUGGAAGAUAUCUACUGGUAGCUUCCAAAACAAACACAAAUUUGCCAAAGAAAGCUUUCAGUUUCACUCUGAGAGGUGGAAAAAUGUUAAUCAGUACUUAACAGGUGAUGAGAAAAUGUUAUUUGUAAUAAGGGAAAAAAGAAAAAGUUCUUUUUAUAAGUUUGUUGCCAUAAGCUUUUUCAAUUGACUUUUUGGGAUAUUUUUUAAAUUCUAAAAUCUGUAUUCUACAAAGCAACAGCAUACACUGGUUCAGUCAUUCAUUAUUUUUCUGACGCUUUUUAGAAAUAACACCUUACAGGACUCAGGACACCGGACCAUAUACUAAGACGCAGCAAACCGUAAAGACUCAUUUCCACUCUGUUGCAUUGACACAAAAAAAUGGAACGUUCAAUAAUCAAUCGGAAUGUUGACAUCGCCUCAGUCAAGUUUGCAUCUGUCCCUCCGCAACGCAAGCAAUACGCAGGAAAUAGAAUUCCAGUCCGUUGACGCAUCAAUGUCAUGGCAUAAAGCCAGAGAAACAGGAAACAGGUUCGGCUUUCAAAAUAAAAACUUAUUAAAUUUGAUCUUAUAUUUAAGAAUAAGUGCCUACGCGAGAAUGCAUGUUAAAACCGUCGAUUACAGCAGUGUCCGUUUUCUCCAUGAAUGACAAAAGUUUAAUUUUGGGAGCGGAAAAGCAUAGCAUAACUUAUGACACCAAACAUGCCUUUUACAAGGACUCAGUGAGGAGGGAGAGGGCCUGAUUGGUCACGUUUUGAAUGAGUGAAGGAGGACGGACCGGAGACACAACGGAGGCAAUGUAUACUCCCCACCCAAUGCAAUGCAGACGCACCACAGACAGACCAGUGUAAAUUUGGGACAAAAGAGUCAGAGAUAAGUCAGUCUGACUUCCUAAACUUGGUUUGUAACAUGGUAAAUGCUAAAUAUUAGAAGCAUUAGCCACAUUAGGGUCCCCCUGUAACUCCCAAGCCUGUUUACAACACGUGAAAAACAGACCGAUACCACUAAAACAAACAUUGUGACUAAGCGAUCCCCAAGCUCUGUUGGUAACACUUAAAAUAAAAACGAAAUCUGAAACCGCUACUGGUUAGCCACAUUAGCAUAUAAAAAAGAUACUGACAUUUUGACGCACUACAAAAUGUAACGCCUUUUAAAGGCGCCUUAUAGUUGCGAAAAUAUGGUACUUUGAUCAAAUCUAUAAGGAAAACUGAGAAUCUACACAUUGAGAAUGUCUAAAACAAAAAGUUUAGAGGAUUAUCAAAUAAUUUGCUUGAAUAUUUUUUCUGCCAGCAUCAAAACUGCUAGCUGAAACAAAAAGUGGACCCGUUUUUUAUUAGCCCAUCUUUUCUUUGUCCUUGAGUUACUUGAAAGUCUGAAAUGUUAUGUUGAGCCCAUAAAUGAAGAGCCUACUAAAAGCGCUGAAGAUGUGGGCUGUCGCUCACAAUCAUGAGCCUAAUCUUUACAUAUUCCAUUGACUAAUAGAGUUCAACCUCAUAAGGUAUUUACAGUUCACAGAAACUCAAAUUGAAAUAAAAUCAAAUUUGAUCUUAUUUUGGUCUUAAAACUGAUUAUGUUCUCUGUAGCAAUCAGAUGGAAAUGAAGAUGAAGCUGGCAAUGAAGCUGUGAAGCACAGUGGAAACUUCCACACUGUCAUUUUAAACAAAUGCAAAUUCAUUAGAAAUUACCAACAGCCUGCAGGAACUAGAGGCUCAAAUUUUAGUUAACAGAGAAGAUGAAGCUCCAUGUUUGGACACUUUUUUUUCCUUUUUUUCUGCAUAAUUCUAAUGUUGUUUUUUUAAGCCUGAGGUACAGCAUGUUUUGUCUGAGUUUCUUUUUUUUUUUGUGUAGUCCACCCAUUUGUUAGUCACAGCGGAUGGACACAGGCUGUCAGUGGGGAAAAAAAUGGGCAAGCCUGUAUUUCUUGCAGGUUUCCCACAGCAAACAAGAAAAUAAUGGACCAUUCAGUGAGCCCAUAGAGCAAAAUGUUCAUUCACAAUUUCCUACCGGAAUGCUGCAGGUGACAGGUUUUAGAAAACACUGGGGUGAAGUAACUGUAAAUUAGGUUAGCUGCCCUAAAGCCUGAAGGCCUUGCCACACAGCCACUACAUACUUUUUGCGCAUAUACCCUCCAUGACAUUUCGGUCUUUCGUGAUACAUGCGUGACAUAAUUCAUAAGUGUUUCUUGUGUUCGUCAUUCGUCGAUGUGCACAGAUGUCCGUCAAGGAUCACGCAAUUGUGCAUGAUUUUUGCCAAAUGCAUACGCAAAUUUGCGGCUUUCCACGACUGUUCCACGUAUGUCUAAUUGACUUUUCACGCGUGUACCAUCAAUGUAUAACUUUUAUAUCGCGCAUACGGCACACAUAUCAUACAUAACUGAUCACUAAUGAAGUGCAUAUAAACAGCCAAACAAUCACCCAAGGUUCAUGUUCAACAAGGAUUUAUGUGUUCUUUGCAUGCUUUAUUUGUACUUCCUCCUUGGUUUGAACGUGCUCCAUUUGUGUUGUAUCUGUGAAAAUUUCACAUAAAGACCACAACUUUUCUCACUUUCCACUUACUGUAUAUUGACGUAUGACGAAUUUUCCUCUGUACAAUGUGUGCAAAAUGUACAUACUGGCUGAGUGGCAGGAUUAGUCAGAACUUCCCAAACGGGUGGAUAUGGGCUGUCUGUGUACAGAUAACCAGCAGGAACUUUUGACCCUUGUGCUAUCUUGUGGGGUCCAGAUGACCCAGCU